CACACACACAAAGGGCCCCGCUGGUUCAGGCGAGGAUAGGCAACGACCUGAGCUGAACUCGACGUUACAAAUAGGAGCUGCGGCAUUCCAAGUGGAGCAGAGAGGAGGAGAGGAGGCGCGCAGAGGCUCCGGGAGCUAAUAUGAAAUAAGUGCAGAGCUGCAUUUGAACCAAGAGGAGAGACGGAGAGGGGACUGAAAUAAGUGUYGAGGAGGUCUUCUGGAGAUAAAGCAUUAUUUUUACAAAGGUGACACUGUUGCUUCAUUUUUACUCCCUGRGUUUUAGAGAGGUCAGUGAUCCACCAGCGCCACACAGCGGUGCGAUCAGCUGCCAGCAGAGAGGAAACAAGCGUUGGCAGUCCUGUGGGGAGGAUGUUUGAGGAGCAGUCUCAGGGGGUGAGGAGGCAGCAGGAGCUGGUUGUGGACUCUGCGGUGGACUCUCCAGGUUCCAGUGGGGGUGAGAGCGGAGGAGCAGGUCCCCCGUCCUUCACAGACGUCGCGGCGACCAUUCUGACCUCCAGCRACCUGCUGGCACGCUCCCUGCUGGGCCGCCCCGCCGCCAUCAAGCGCAAAGAGAGCGCCGCCUCCGCCGUGCGGCGCAAGCGCGAGUUCAUCCCUCUGGAGAAGAAGGACGACAGCUACUGGGACAAGAGGAGGAAGAACAACGAGGCGGCCAAGCGUUCGCGGGAGAAGCGGCGCGUGAACGACAUGGUCCUGGAGAGCCGGGUGCUGGCCCUGCUGGAGGAGAACGCUCGGCUCAGGGCGGAGCUGCUCGCCCUCAAGUUUCGCUUUGGUCUGGUCAAAGAUCCCUCCCAAGCUCAAAUCCUGCCGCUGACCGCUGCUCCUCAGCACACCGCUCAAACCAUAACUCCUCACUAUUACCCACACAGAGGGGACAGAGACCCCCAGAGUUCCCCGGCGCCACAUGCAAGCCACCAGAUGGGCCACACGAGAGCUAGGAGCUCCAGGGAGGUGGGGAACAUAUCAGAGGACUCUGGUUUCUCCACGCCAGGUGGGUCCAGCGUGGGCAGCCCAAUCUUCUUCGAGGACCGAACUGGCGAUCAUGGGAAGUUCUCGCCUCACAGGCCCGAAGAGCUGAGCUAUGACCUCCAUCACUCCCCUGCUGACGUCCACCAUGCAGCCCUCAGCGGGGCCAAGGUGGAGCAAAUGGAGGCGAUGAAGAAUCUUCCUCACAAGCUCCGUUUCAAGACCCCCGGAGGCAGCGAGGGGUUCGAUGGACUGUGCGAGAACAGAAGGAGCCCCACGCUCUCCGCUGCAGGACAGGAAGGUCUGAGAGACACGGCCAAAGGAGCGAGCAGAGGGGAAGCCGGAGCGGGACACUCCGCCGCCUCCUGGCUUCAGCAGGUGGAGGGAGAAGAAGCCAGGAGGGAGAGACAGUCUCCUCAUUUCAGGGCUUCCACCCCCGUCUAUAACUACCAGUCUCCUCCCAGGCCCGGACAAAGUGAGGUCCAGUAUCAGCACGAGAACACUUACCUCAAGUCUCAGCUCAGCUCUCUCAGUGAGGAGGUGGCUCAUCUGAAGAAGCUUUUUACAGAGCAGCUCUUGGCUAAAAGCAACUGAUGUGACAGUUACUGUUCAGGAAUUUAAAAAAAAAGCUUUAAUGAAAGGAAUAUGUCUGUAAAUUUAAAUAAAGCAGCCAUGCUGAACUGUUUAUGAAGAUUUUCUAUACAGAAUAAUGUGUUUCCUAUGUUUUCAUCCAAUGUAUUAAAUGUCUGAUUACUCAURUUACUGCUGUUCACCAACUCACUCGUUUUACUGUUCCUCAUAAACAUGAGUCUUAUCUUUGUUAACACAACAAACACCUCAACUUGUUCUGCAGUUUGACGGUUGGAAAAGUGAGUUUGUUGAACUGCCACGUUGGAGGAAGUGUCUGCAGUUUCACAAUUAGCAUGACUCAGUACACAACUUUCACUGCACACUGUUCAAAGCCUGUGAAACACAACAGACAAGCAGAAAAGAGACGUAAAGAUGACGUUCAAUGAAAUUACGUCCUAACAGUUACUAGAAACUGUUUUCCAGUUUUAUUUUACCCAUAAAAAUGCAUGAAAGGGUUAAAAUAACAGUUCUGUUGGGGAAUWCGGUACACUGGGUUUAAAGGUAAAAAUAAAUACUCUGUAACACGUAGUUUUGUUGUUUCACAUCACUGUUUGCUCUUGAACAAAUUUCUUUCUUACUGUUUUCUGUACUGAAGUUAAUGUUCUAAAUGUCAGCUGUGUCUUUGAAAAAAUAAAAACRUUUGGCAAAUUU